AUGGGGACCGGAGGAGAGGGCGAGAGCAACACGCCCUCCGAACCUGAGCACGGAGCCGAAGCAGAAGUCAGCCUUGUGGCCAAAGCGCCCCGCACGUUGGACGGCGAGACCGUUGAGAAUGACGGCGGCCACCAGGAGCCCACGGAGGCGCAGGAGGAGCCAGCCCCCGCGGCCGCGGAGGGGCCACAGUCCCCCGCAAAGAGGCGCCGCCGCCGCACCGUGUACACGCACUUCCAAGUGCAGGAGCUGGAGGCAUUUUUCCGUCGCGUUCAGUACCCCGACGUGUUUGCUCGAGAGGAACUUGCUGGACGCCUGGAUUUGACUGAAACCAAAGUGCAGGUUUGGUUUCAGAACCGAAGAGCCAAGUGGAGACGACAACAGAGGGCACAGGUGUUGGGAAAUAGGCCUCCUGUAUUCCUGGGCCCUGGCAUGGGCAUAGUCUUGAAUAGUCCCUAUAAUGCUAUACCUGUUGUGGAACCUGCUUGGAGAUAUGGUCCUGUAAGGCCACCACCCUUUGGGCCCCCUGUGCUGCCUGUGGUACCUUUGCCACACAGGCCACUGAUGAUGCAUAUUCCUCCUGGAGCACCUAUGCCUCCCUUUGGCAUGCCCCCUGUAGGUGUGGCAUGGCGCCCCAUUAACCCAUAUCCUUUCAGAAAUCCCGUUUUGUAA